UCGUGAUUACGUUUCUUGCGAUCGUAACGCGGACGCACGCAUCUCAUCUAUCAAAUAAAUAAAAAUAAAUACUUGCUCCGAGUUUCUAUAUUUUUUCGCGGUUGCGGUUAAGUUACUGUGAAUCAAGUGAUAUUAUCUAAAGUAGAAACUGCUUAUCAACUGUACGUCGACCAUUUUCAGUCAUUAGUGUUUUUGCUAUUAUUAUCCUAAAGAAUCUUUUUAAUUAACCAAGUUAAUGUACUAGUGCUUUCGUAAAAGUUUCUCGCUAUCUGUGUAAAAUGUUGCGUAAGUAAUUUUGUGAGUGGCGAUAAAUAAAAGUAGUAAUGCUGAUGAGAAGAAACAUGGGUAAAUUAAAUAAUUCUUUUCUUUGGGGUAUUUUAUUUGCAUCGGCGACAUGGAGUAUAUCGCUGUACCUCUACUGGUUGCUGAACAUGAGUGGUGACAGUAUCAUUAAUAGCACUGAGGACAGGAUCCAUUACCGCCUUGUGAACACUGACGAGAAGAACCGUAUAAAGAACAAUGAUAAAUCUAUUGCAGCAUUAGAGGGAAAGAACUUACUGCUAGACAAUGCAAAAGCAGAAGAAAAGUAUUCCGGGAACAUUUGGAAGUAUCAAAAGAGUAAAUCGGAAUACCAAAAUAAAAUGCUGCUGAAAGAGAAGUACGCAAGACACCUCGGACUCAAGAUGACGGCACAGCCAGACAACGGUCUUGAUAACCAGUUUGGACUGAUCCGCAAUGCAGAAGAUGUGAGGAUCCGAGAUGAUGGAUACACACUCUAUGCCUUCAACACACUUGUUUCACAAAGAAUUGGAAACCACAGAGGCUUGCCGGACACCAGGAAUAAACUGUGUCGUACACAAAAAUUCCCAGAUAAACUACCAAAAACAUCUGUGAUCAUAUGCUUCUACAAUGAACAUUACCAGACAUUGAUGAGAUCCAUUCACUCAAUACUAGAUCGAACUGAUCUCAAAUAUUUGAAAGAGAUCAUUCUAGUUGAUGACUACAGCGACAUCGAAGGACUUCAUAAUUCUGUACAAAAGUCAGUGAAUGAACUGAAUAACAGAAUGCGCAAAGAGGAAGAAAUGCUGGAAACCAAUAACAUUGAUGUAGAGAAUGUAGUAGAUUAUAUAAACGAUGACAAUAAUGUUGUUGAUAAGAAAACCACUGAGAAAAAUAAAGAUGGUUUGAAUAUUAGAUUGUUGAAGACUAGUAAGAGGGAGGGUCUUAUACGGGCAAGGCUGUAUGGUGCCGAAAACAGUGUUGGAGAAGUUCUCGUGUUCCUUGAUUCGCAUAUCGAAGUGAACGUGGACUGGCUGCCUCCGAUGUUGACUCGUCUCGCAAAGGACGUGGAUGGUGUCACCGUGAGAUACUCCCACCGUGCAGUGACCCCAAUCAUAGACGUUAUUGACGCCGACACAUUCGAGUAUACAGCCAGUCCUCUAGUCCGAGGAGGUUUUAAUUGGGGACUCCAUUUCAAAUGGGAUAACUUGCCGAAAGGAACUUUGAAAACUGAUGAAGAUUUUGUGAAGCCCAUCAAAUCACCAACAAUGGCGGGCGGGUUGUUUGCAAUGUACCGCGAGUAUUUCAACUACAUUGGUAAAUAUGAUGCUGGCAUGGACCUCUGGGGUGGGGAGAAUUUGGAAUUAUCCUUUAGGAUUUGGAUGUGCGGUGGUACAUUGGAACUGAUCCCGUGCAGCCGUGUGGGUCAUGUUUUCCGCAAGCGACGUCCUUACGGACAAGAGGAGAAAGUCAACUAUAUGCUGCAAAACUCUAUGCGAAUGGCGCGCGUCUGGAUGGACGAGUAUGUGAAUAAAGUCAUAGAACAUAAUCCGGAAGUGGUGUAUAUGAACCUAGGCGAUCUAUCAGAAAGGCACAAUCUACGCAAACGAUUGAACUGCAAGUCUUUCAAAUGGUUCCUGGAUCAUAUCUACCCGGAACUGGAAAUGGGCGUUGAUGACAAAAACAAGAAAAAGAUGGCCGCCUUGAAUGAUGUUGAGAAGAACAAAUUCCAGCCGUGGCAUUCUAGGAAACGCAACUACACUGAUUCGUAUCAAAUCCGCUUGAAGAACACGACGCUUUGCAUCCAAAGUGCCAAUGACGUGAAGACCAAAGGUAGUGGCUUGGUUCUCGCUAGCUGCAUCAGGAUUUUGAGUCAGAUGUGGUUUGAAACGAGUCGUAGCGAGCUUGUUUUGGGUCGUACUCUUUGUUUGGACGCCUCAAAUAAUGUGGCGCCGAAACUCAGCAAAUGCCACGAAUUGGGCGGCUCACAGGAGUGGAAACAUAAAGGAUCGCCUGCAUACCGGUUUGUGGAAUUUAUUAACGAUGCAAAAAAAUGGCAUCUUAACGCUAUAAGUAAGCAGCUGGAGUUGGGGCGAAUUUUUUGUUUUGAUGUGUUCGACAAUUUGGUGUUGAGCGCUGGGAAAUGUAGAAAACAACAGACUGAACAAGAGUGGAACCGUAUGUUCGGAGGUGCUGGAAGUCCAGUUUAUAACACGGCAGCGGGCAUGUGUCUAGGAGUCGACCGACCUUACAGAGGCGAGCCACUCAUAAUGGUGAUAUGCGACAACCAACCGACGAACCAAUGGGACUUUAUCAGGUCCUAAACAACCCGGAUCAACGCACACGGCUACCGAGUAAAUAUAUAAUUAUUAUUGUAUGUACAAGCGUAUUGCAAACUAUUUGUAGUCGACCUUAAAAUUUGCUUUAUCACUUGCAACACUCAGCCUCAAAAGUGGUCUCCCAGGUUUGACAAACAGGUGUUAAUAUUCACUUGUAACGGUGUUUUUCAGAAUUGACCUUAUAAACUUAUAAACAUUCAUAUGAGUCUUAUCGCAUUUUUACCGACAAAAACGUACAUUAUUUUGUGAUAAGCAAACAAGAAUUAGGUACUCUCAAGUGUGCUCUCGAGUGUGCUAAAGCAAUUUUACGGUCGACCUUACUAUACUAUAAUAUAUUGAUGUGACUAGGCUAAUUAGCCGACCUGAGCUUCUAGGUUUAGUUGUACACAGCGAAUGUUGUAAUCAAACGUAAUUUAAUGCACUUAUUCAAUAGCAACGAUCAAAACAUUAGGAUUUGAACACGAAUUGAUCUCGUACAAAAUUGACAUAGAAUUAAUUUCGUACAUCUAUGUUUAUUAUACAUACAGCACCUUAACAUCGAAAAAAGAUACAAAAUAUAUGUUAGUUAGUUUUAAUUUGAAAUGAUUUAGUAGUUUAAUGUACAUUUUAGGUAACAUCUGAUUUAUACCCGACUGUUUCUUUAUUGCAAGUUUUUUUUGUAUAGUCUUGUCUUAAUAGAGAAAAUUAAUUCUCAGUCGGGUUACUAUGAUAUUAUAUAACGAAUCUCUAUUUAAUAUAUAGUUAGCUUGUUCUUCAUUAAAGCAUUACUGGCUCGUGAAUAACCGAUACCGUCCCGUUUUAUUUUUUGCGUUGUCUCUGUCGUGAAAGUGUUAGAUUAUGCUAUUAUAUUCUACUUUUAGUACGUUUUACACGCAUGUUUUGCUAUCUAAGUAAAUUAAAAUGUUUUGGAAGCAACGGAUAUUUUAUAAAAAUAUCUAUAUUAAAAUUAUAUUCUAAAUAUGAGUACUUCCUGUAGGAAAUAGAAAUAACUAGUUAGUGUUAGUCUGUUUUUUGAUAUGUUUAUAAUUAUAACAUACUAGUAUAUGUUGGGGUGCUGAUACAACUAAAAACUUUUUUACUUAUCACUGAUAUCAGUAUAAUUGUUUUUCAAUGCGAGCCUAUCUUUCUCCAUUUUCACUCAUUUAUAACCUGAAUCUCUCUCUAGGCAUACUGGCUUAUUCAUUUGUCUAGCUCAGCGAAUUUUUGUUUUAAUUUUACUGUAAGUUUAAAAUUGCCAUAGCUCUCUAAAACAUAUCACUGUUUGUAUAAUACGAUAAGUUUUCUGUGUAUCGGCACCCUAAUGUCUGAUCAACAUGACAAGAAUCUUAUUUUAUUAUAAUUGCGAUUCCUAUUACAUUCUCAUUACUACUGACUGACUGACUGUUUUCCAAUUUGUGAUAGUAAUACUGAAAAUCUCUUUUUUGACAUAGUGUACAAUUUGUGUAAGCAAGAAUGAUUUGAACCCAAAAAGUUGCAACGUAUGAAAAUACAGUUAUAACUUUUUUGCAAACCUGUACUCGAUUUCCUUCUAUAAUUAUAAUACACACGCAUCAUAAUAAUGAUUUUAUAUUUCUGCUUAGUCUUAAAUAUGUGUUAAGUAGGUGAACUCAGAGGUGCGAUUAACCGAAUUAAAAUUCUAGGUGGAACUACAUUUUCCUGAUUUAAUGAAAUUGUACUGUUGUUAGGUUUAGUGAACUAUGACUGACAAGUUUUUAUUUUAUGUGCGGGAAGUAGUUCUCUCGAGAUGCAGGUGAAACCACAGGCGGAAGCUAGUUUGUAACAAACAUCACUGCUUUACUCAAAGUAACUGGCAACCAAAACCGUAAAUGGGCGGUUAAUCGUGCCUCUGUGAGUAUAUAGGAUUUACUUCAUCGUACCCACUACACAUAUUUAUACAUUUUUGACUGACAAAGAUCUGCUUUAGAAAAACAAUCGUAAUUAAGUUGCCAAAAGAAUUAAGCGAUUAAGAAUAUUAGUAACUCAAGCAUUUUUUUCUAAAACUUUCUGAUAAUUUUGCGUAUUAACUUGGUUGUGGAACAAAGUAGCCAUUCAUUGUGAAAUUCAUUCAAUUACCCUGUAGACUGAUGUAGACUAGAGCUUUGAGUAUUAGGUAGAC